CAAGUCGAAUUGACCCGAAGCUAUACCGCCGGCGCAGAGGGCUUUGAUACCCCUGGACAUGGUCCGGCCAUCUCCAGACUACCCAGCCUUCAAAACCUUCCCGACUAUGAAGUAUACUGGGAUGUCAACGACGCGCAGAAUCCUCGCUCAUGGCCCACCUGGUACAAAGGGCUUGCGGUUACCGCGAUGAGCGUUGGUGCCACCGUCGUCAGCCUGUUCAGUACGCUGUAUACAUCAGGAAUACCGGGGAUAGAGGAAGAAUUCCAAGUAUCCAAACUCAUCGCCCUGCUUGGGGUGACCACAUACCUACUCGGGAUGGCAACAGGAAGUCUGUUCGUUGCGCCGGUCAGCGAACUUGUCGGCCGCCGGCCUGUCUACAUUGUCUCCAUGCUUAUCUUUCUCUUGCUAGUCCUUCCGAGUGCUUUGGCUUCCAACAUUGGUGCUAUUCUGGCGAGUCGAUUCUUCGGAGGCUUCUUCGGAAGUGCCAUGAUGUCCAACUCUCCUGCGUCGGUCAAUGACAUUAUUUCCUCUGAGCAUCGGGCUCUGGCUUUUGGCAUUUGGUCCAUCGGCCCUGCCAAUGGCCCCGUGUAUGGCCCGAUCAUCGGUGGCUUUGUAUUUGAAUAUCUCGGAUGGAGGUGGACGAAUUGGAUUGUCUUGAUCCUCGGGGGUGCAGCGUUUGUGCUAUUAUCUUCGAUUAAAGAAACAUAUGCGCCUGUAAUCUUGAAGAGAAGAGCAGCAGAGAGACGGAAAGAGGCGGGAAACGACAUAUGGUGGACGCGAUAUGAUGAUGGACAGGCUUCGUGGCCAUUGAUCAGAAUCAGUCUGUAUAGACCACUGAAGAUGCUGUUCACAGAGCCUAUCUAUAUGUUCUGGGAUGGCUAUGUGGCCAUAGUCUACAGCAUCCUCUAUCUCUGCUUCGUCGCCUAUCCCAUCGCCUUCCAGCAAGAACGAGGCUGGUCACCAGCCAUCGGCGGG